AUGGCUUUCUCGGGCGCACUCACUCUUACAGACCUAAACGACUUCAUUACCCCAUCUCAAGCGUGCAUCAAACCAGUUCAACAAUCGAAUCCUCAGACUUCAAGGGACGAAGGUGCUGCUUCGACUCAGAUUCGCAUUGACUCUUCAGGCGCAUAUUAUGAGGUGUCAUCCACGGAUGCUUCCGAUUCCAAGACCUCUGCGCGCAAACUCGAGACCGCUCAGAUAAGUCUCAAUGACUGCUUAGCUUGCAGUGGCUGUAUAACGUCCGCAGAAUCAGUGCUAAUCACGAUGCAGUCGCACGAGGAGGUCCUGAACGUCCUCGCGUCCAACCCUUCGCCAAUUUGUGUGGAUCACAAGACCCCCGUGCUUUCUAUCUCUCCCCAAUCGCUCGCGUCCCUCGCCGCCACCAUCUCGUCUACCUCUACAAAUACAGUCGCCCUCGCGCAUGUCUUCCACCGGGUCGCGGCCUUCGCGCGGGAGCUUGGCUUCGAACACGUAUACGAUACCACCUUCGCACGGCAUCUUGCGCUUCUCGAGCAUGCACACGAGUUUCACGAGCGCAAGCACGGGACUACCAAUGGGAUAGACGGGGAAGAUGCCGCAGGGAAACUACCCAUGCUGGCGAGCGCGUGCCCCGGGUGGGUGUGCUAUGCGGAAAAAACACACGCCGAAAUGUUGCCGUUUAUCAGUCGGACGAAAAGUCCGCAGCAGGUGAUGGGCACCCUCGUCAAGAAUUGGCUUAGUGAGAAGUGGGGCAAGAAGCCAAAUCAGAUCUAUCACGUUACCGUCAUGCCCUGCUACGACAAGAAGCUCGAAGCCUCGCGCCAGGACUUCUAUAACGAUUUAUAUUCGACGCGUGAUGUUGACUGCGUGAUCACGACGGGAGAACUCCAGCGAAUGAUGCGCGAACGCAAUUGGGCUUGGGAUUUAUUGAAACCCGUGCCAGGCCCUUCUGAAACGGGAAUUGAAGUUGAAACGUCUCUGCUAUCUAAAUCUAAAGCCGAAGAAGACGAAGAAGAUACUAUACCGAUACCGAAACAAAAAUCCGAGGGUCCUUCUUACUCAUUAACGUUACCGUCCCUGCUUCUACAUCCAGGCUCUAGCUCAGGUUCAUAUUUACACUCCUUACUCAGCACUAUACAAGACACCGCACAUCUCAGUGGUCAGGCGGAACCCAAGCUCACUAUACGCCAAGUACGCGGAGCGGAUUUCGAAGAAUAUCUGCUCCGCGCACCUGAUACAGGCAAAAUUGUAUUCAAGGGUGCGAGGUGUUAUGGAUUCCGAAACUUGCAGAAUGUCGUGCGCCGUGUGGGACGUGCGGCGGGUGUACAAGUUGGGAGAGGUGCGGCGGGGAGACUUGCCAACGUACGCGCGAAAACUCGGAUAAAGCGACGAACAGCCAAUAAUUCCAACGGCGCAAUCGAAGGAGAUAAUUUAGAGGAGGAAGAAGACCGUCCAUACGACUACGUCGAAGUCAUGGCAUGUCCAGGAGGUUGCGUGAACGGCGGUGGUCAGCUCCCUCCCCUCCCAAUCCCAAAUUCCGAGACCGAAGGAGCAGCGAACGGCGGCGAGACAGAACGAUGGGGUACACGAGCAUGGACACGCCGCGUCGAAGAAGCAUACUGGACAAACGACUUGCCUACUCCUCCUCCCUCUCCUCCACCGCUCAACAAAGUAGCCACUCUGCACGAACCAGAAAAGAAAACGCUCUCGACGCGCCUCGAAGCAACAGACGAACUCGCUCUCCGCGUCCUCUCCGACCUCUGUAACCCCUCCCAACCUUUAAAAUUGACAUCCUGGUCCCAAACGAUGGACCCCACCGCCGAGUCCCUUCGCCGCACUUACUUCCGUACCUCCUACCACGCAGUCGUCAGUGAAGUCUCCGGGAUCCAAGUCCAGUGGUAACAAACAAAUAAACAAAAAAACCACCGAAAAAGACAAUUGCCUUUCAUUUUUCAGAUAAUAUUGAAAUUGCAUUGGUUGGAUAUAUUGUAACGUAACGACUAUUACAAGUUAUACAGACAAAUAUGGCGCACAAUGUACUCA